AUGCGGAAAGUGGUUUUGAUCACCGGGGCGAGCAGUGGCGUGGGCCUAGCCCUCUGCAGACGGUUGCUGGAAGAAGAUGAUGCGCUUCACCUGUGCUUGGCGUGCAGGAACAUGAGCAAAGCAGAAGCUGUCCGCACCUCUCUGCUGGCCUCCCAUCCCGCUGCUGAGGUCUCCAUCCUGCAGGUGGAUGUCAGCAGCCUGCCGUCGGUGUUCCAGGCCACCAAGGAGCUCAAGCAAAGGUUUCAGAGAUUAGACUAUGUAUAUCUAAAUGCUGGGAUCAUGCCUAAUCCACAGCUAAAUAUCAAAGCACUUUUUCAUGGUCUCUUUUCAAGAAACGUGAUUCAUAUGUUCUCCACAGCUGAAGGACUGCUGACACAGAAUGACAAGCUUACUCCUGAUGGGCUCCAGGAGGCAUUCCUUGAACCUAGCAGCUCUAAAGCGGCAGAAUUCCACACGGGUCUUCCCAAAUAUCAGCAUCCUUUUCACUGUAUGUUGAAAGAGGAGAGCCAUGAGGGGAUGCUGUUGGGACCUGUGACCCUGGAGAGAAAUCUGGAAGAGCACUGGUGCCCCAUUCACUGUAUGUUGAAAGAGGAGAGCCAUGAGGGGAUGCCGUUGGGACCUGUGACCCUGGAGAGAAAUCUGGAAGAGCGCUGGUGCCCCAUUCACUGUAUGUUGAAAGAGGAGAGCCAUGAGGGGAUGCCAUUGGGACCUGUGACCCUGGAGAGAAAUCUGGAAGAGCGCUGGUGCCCCAUUCACUGUAUGUUGAAAGAGGAGAGCCAUGAGGGGAUGCUGUUGGGACCUGUGACCCUGGAGAGAAAUCUGGAAGAGCACUGGUGCCCCAUUCACUGUAUGUUGAAAGAGGAGAGCCAUGAGGGGAUGCUGUUAGGACCUGUGACCCUGGAGAGAAAUCUGGAAGAGCACUGGUGCCCCAUUCACUGUAUGUUGAAAGAGGAGAGCCAUGAGGGGAUGCUGUUAGGACCUGUGACCCUGGAGAGAAAUCUGGAAGAGCACUGGUGCCCCAUUCACUGUAUGUUGAAAGAGGAGAGCCAUGAGGGGAUGCUGUUGGGACCUGUGACCCAGGAGAGAAAUCUGGAAGAGCGCUGGUGCCCCAUUCACUGUAUGUUGAAAGAGGAGAGCCAUGAGGGGAUGCCGUUGGGACCUGUGACCCUGGAGAGAAAUCUGGAAGAGCACUGGCCCUGA